GGAUCAAUGUUUGCGUCACUCUGCACGGUUGAACCAACAAUUAGGUUUAGGAUUCUUAGUUUCGUACUAACCUCACUCGGCCUCCCACCUUACCCUGAGCCCCUCUCUCGCUCCCACGCACCCAAGCUUCCCUCCCUUGUCCCGUUCGACUCUCUCUCUCUCUCUCUCUCUCUCUCUCUCUCUAAAACACUCAACGGCGGCCACAUCUCUCUCCGACUUCAUUACCCUCUCUCUUCUGUGAUUUCUGGUUUGCGUUCUGUCUCCGCUGUCGCUGCUGCUCUGUAAUCUCUCUCGGCCGGGGCUACAACAUCUGUACUCAGCCGUCGCUGCUACCUCUGAGCUCGUCGUCACCGCUGCUUCCCCUGAGCUGUUCUCCGUCGCUCUCUGCUCGUCGUAGUCUCCGGGCUCUGUGCAGCUGCAGGACCACCAUAAGAUAUUCAGUACCAGUUUUGCCAAAAUGAGGCAAGAUUUGAUCUACAAAGUCUCCAAAUGAGGUUUGCAUGCAAAGAUAUAUGCCAAAAAAAUGUUUGAAGCACACCUUGUAUAAGUAAAAGUGCAAUCAAUUCCUCAGCACCACAUAAAACUGUGAAAAGGCUGCUACAUUGUAAACCGCAUCUGGUGCAUAAAUUUUUCCUACACCACCUUGAACAUGAUGAAGGCUACUGCUGCAUUGCAUCCUUGUCUGAGCUCCUGCAGCUUCAAUUGCCGAUCGGCAUUAGGGCAGUUGGAAUGUGUUUGAUUAAUUAGGCCAUGAACAUGUUUGAAGCUUGCUUCUUUGGAGUGGGACUAAAGACGUAAUAGGAAUAGUGGAUUUGGUUUAGCCGGGGAGUCAAAGGGUAAGGUGGAGUCAACUUCCCAUGCAAUACUUCCCUUAACUAAACUUUGCGGUGUCAAUUAUCUCGACCCUUCAGCCAUCACUACAUUCCUUCAUAUGUUGUCACAAUGGGAGAGACUCAUAUUAUUUGAGUGUGAAUUGCUCCACUAUGCAUAUUUCAUGUUAAAGCAUUGCAUAACACUUCAUUUGCAUGUACCCGUUUUUGAAGCUAACACGAAUUCCUCACUCUUCACUCUCCUAUUGCUCUUUUCUCUUGGAUCAUUGUUCAUCCCAUAAUAAAUCAUUUGCCUUUCUCAGAACCCUCCAUGCUCAUUUCAUCAAAUUGGGUUUUAACUCGUAUUCAUAUCUGGGUAAUCGCUGUUUUGAUCUAUACUGUGAGUUUGGCCAAAUCAAUGAUGCCUUUAAGGUGUUUGAUGAAAUUACUUAUAAGAAUUUGACAUCAUGGAACAUUUGUCUGAAGGGGUUUCUCAAAAGUGGCCACCUUGGGGAGGCAUGCCACUUGUUUGAUGUAAUGCCUGUUAGAGAUGUUGUUAGUUGGAACACGAUGAUUUCCGAUUUUGCACAAAAUGGGUUUUAUUGUCAAGCCUUUGAGCUUUUUGUUGAGAUGCAGGGUACUGGUGUGAGGCCAAGUGAGUUCACUUUCUCAAUAAUGACGUCAAUUGUGUCAAGUCCCUGUCAUGCUAAGCAGGUCCACAGUAGGAUGAUCAGGAGUGGGAUUGAUUUGUCCAAUGUGGUGCUUGCAAACUCGGUGAUAGCUAUGUAUGGGAGACUCGGUCUUGUUGAUUAUUGCUUUGGUGUGAUUUUGACCAUGGAGAACUUUGAUGUUAUAUCUUGGAACUCUUUGAUAUGGGCCUGUUGUAGAGCUGGAUAUCCAGAGUUGUCUCUUGAGCAGUUUCAUCAGAUGAGAGCUAUGGAGUUUUUACCUGACCAGUUUACAUGUUCGAUAUUGAUGACUGUCUGUUCUAACUUGCAGGAUUUGGGAAGGGGUAAGCAAGUUUUCACCCUUUGUUUCAAGUUGGGAUUUGUUUCGAAUAGCACUGUGUCAAGUGCUGCUAUUGCCCUCUUUUCUAGAUGCAACAGAUUGGAGGACUCCAUCCAGCUCUUCAAAGAACAAGAUCAAUGGGAUUCAGUUUUAUGCAAUUCAAUGAUUUCGAGCUACACGAAACAUGAUUUAGUGGAGGAUGCAUUGCAACUCUUUAUGCUGACCCUGAGGAAGAAUAUCAGACCAACGGAAUACAUGAUCAGUUGUCUUCUGAGUUCAGUUUCAAUUUUCAUGCCAGUUGAAGUAGGUAAUCAAAUCCAUUCUCUGGUUCCUAAAUUAGGUUUCGAGUCAGAAGUAGUUGUUGCCAGUUCUCUUGUUCAUAUGUAUGCAAAAUUUGGAUUUAUUGAUGAUGCCUUAAACAUCUUCAAUGAAAUGAAAAUAAAGGAUUUGGUGUCAUGGAAUACAAUAAUGAUGGGAACGACUUACAAUGGCAAAGUGCCUGUAACCAUGAAGCUCUUUAAGGAGUUAAUUGGAGAACCUACACCACCAGAUAGAAUUACACUUGCUGCAGUUCUUCGAGCAUGCAACUAUGGAUGUUUGGUUGAUGAAGCAAUUAAAAUAUUAUUAUCAAUGGAGAAGGAAUUUGGCGUAGAACCUGGGGAAGAACACUAUGCUUAUGCUGUGGAGUUGUUGAGUCAAGCUGGUAUGAUCAAAGAAGCGAUGGACAUUAUUGAAACAAUGCAAUGUAAAACCCCCUCCAACAUUUGGAGAUCAGUUCUUUCUGCAUGCGCAAUCCAUGAAGACUUGUGUGUUAUUGAAAGAGUUGCAGAGAGAGUAACAAAAAGCGAACCGCAGACAUUGUUACCAUAUUUGGUGUUGGCUCGGGCUUAUCAGAUGAGGGGCAAAUGGGAGAGCUCAAUUCGAGCCAGGAAGGCCGUGGAACAAAAAGGUGCUAAAGAGUUCAUUGGAUACAGUUGUGUAGGGAUAAAAAAUCAGCACUCAGCGGCUUAUUGCAAAAACUACUCAUCAGCUUGCCUUCUCCAAUCAUUGCAUUUUGAGUCUACAAAAGCUGAGGUGGCACAAUUGGAGUUGCAGCAGUAUUUCGUCGACCAUGGUGAUGAACUGAUGAUAACCAGAAUGGGACAAUGACAAUGGAACAGAAGAGAUCCAUGAAUCAAGUUGCAUGGGUCCUUUUGUUACCAACUUUGUAAAUUCCCAUUGUGCCAUUGUGGCAGUCUAAUGCUAGCUGACAUUGCGCUAAUGAUGUAAAACUCAAUUUAGCCAUUAUUUGCACUAAAUUGAAUGAUCUAACAUCUAUGAAAUUUAGUUUAUAGAGCUACCAAAUUAAGUCCCUUAAAAGACUAAAUUAAGUUCCACACUUUUAAUGUUAUGUGAGCUAGAUGUUAAAUUGUCACAAUUUGCAUAUAAACAUUCCGUUAAAUAUUGUGAUGACAGAAAGAUCAUCUUGAUUCAUGGUUGUAAAACUCAGAUCAAUUGAGGCUUAUCUCUUUUAAAAAGACUAAUUUGAUUUAUUGACUAUGUAAUAAUUUUUAUUAUUUUGAAUCCUUUUUAUACAUGUGUAAAAAAUGAUUAUUUUUUGAUGUAAGAAUAUUCAAUUAGAUACAUGUAUAAAGAGUUUUUUCAUUUACACCAAACAGAAUGGGUUACGUGUAGAGACUAACAAGCAAUUAUUACAAGCAAGUAUUUAUGACCAAGAAGUUACAACCAUAUCGAGUUCUUAAUUAAAUACUUGAUAAAUGAUAAUAAUCAUUGAACAAAGGGGUGAAAUAAAGAAUAAAUAAAUCUUAAUAUUUCAACAACUACUAAAUGUAUAUAUAUAUAACGGAAAAGGAUCCUCUCCAAUUUUUUUAACAAUUGAUAGAAUACAGUGUGAUCUCUCACCUUUGAUUUUAUGAGUGAGACCAGAAAUAAAUAAGAGAGGAAGAGCAAUGAAUGGUUAGAUUGAACACUGGAUACCAUCCAGUUUUUUUCUCACCGGAGAGGAUCCACUCCCUAUAUAUAACAAAUAUCAAAUGAACAAAAGAAUUCAAGACCUGUCCAAUAACUUAGGAUUGCCUAACAAUUCUGUAUACUCUAAAAUAAAAGAGAGAACUAACUAGUUUAAUUUACAUGCAAUCUGUUCCUGAUAAGUCUGAGCCUAAGCCUAACACUUAAGAUCGCUUCUUAUCAUAACUAUGAAGGGAUGGCGAUUGAGGACUCUUUGAAGAGGGGGAGGGUUCUCCUUCCGGCGGAAAAUCGGAGAGCAAAGCCAGCAUCUGCCGAAUGCUCACAGACCGUGCAGGUUUGAAGCUGUGGGUUCUCUUGAUGUUCUUGGAAAAGAUAUUUGAUGAAUUUGAAAGGAUAAGGUAUACCAAAGCUUGUACUAGGAAGAACACUGCCACCUUCAACAGGAUGUCACCUAAGCUGCUCUCCAUAGUUAUAAA